AUGGAAGAAUUCGAAUUGCCGCCGAGGCUAAUCAAAGCAGGAGAAGUGUCGUUGGCAGACAGAGUCAACAAAAUUUUUGACACUCUCGGCGAAGACGAAAUUGCAUUUUUCAGAAGAUCCCCUCUCGGGAAACUAUUGGACAUGCCGUCUAAACCGGUAUGGUCAGGCGGGUUCGGGUUGUAUUUACUCUCGAAGCAACACAAUGUCGACACGACAACGAGAUCUGGAUUCUCUUUGCUGGAAAAAGACCACAAGGUCCAAAACAUGGUCAACUUGAUAGAGAAAGGUAUUUUGUUCGAGGACACUGUGUUUGUCGGGAGAAGUAAACCUGCGAAUCUUGUUGCUGAGAAGAAGUCUAAAUGA